CAUGUGCGGACCGGGUAGACAGACAACUCUCAGAUCAAGAUGGCGUCGUCCAUGAGUGGGAUGUUCUCCGGUCAGCAGCCGUCUGGUGCGCAUCCAGUCGGGGGUCCCGGUGGACCGGGUCAGCCGAGCUUCCCCGUUACAGCUACCAGGCCCCCGGGAAGCAACACCCUGGUAGAUGAACUGGAGGCUUCCUUCGAGGCAUGUUUUGCAUCCCUGGUAAGCCAAGACUACGUUAAUGGUACUGACCAGGAGGAGAUUCGAACUGGUGUUGACCAGUGCAUACAAAAGUUCCUGGACGUGGCUCGACAAACGGAGUGCUUCUUCUUACAGAAAAGACUUCAGUUGUCUGUGCAGAAACCAGAGCAGGUGGUGAAAGAGGAUGUGUCAGAGUUACGUAAUGAGCUACAGAGGAAAGAAACGCUGGUUCAGAAACAUUUGGCCAAACUACACCACUGGCAACAAGUGCUUGAGGAUGUGAGCGCGCAGCACCGCAAACCCUCAGACCUUCCCCCUCCUGGACCGCUGGCCUUUCUGGAGCAGGCCUCUGCGAGUCUCCCCCCUGCCCCUUUAAAACCAAACUAACACACUAAAUGUUCGGUCACAUUGGACCUGACCUGCAAGUUAGCCGCAGCCGGAUGAAAAUCACACUGAAACAGUCACUCACAGAGGCUUGACUUAAAGUGAAUGGGAGAUAGAGUGAAUAUUUGCAGGACAGAGGUGUCGUGUGAUCGUACCUAAACAUUAAAGAAGAGGACAAACGUGACGCUGUCACUGCCAAGCUGUGGGUAAAUUACGACAUAGAUAGUUUUAUUUCAACUUUUUGUUUCAGUAUUUUGAUUUGUGUAAAUAUUUCUGUUUGACUUUUUUACCGUAAAAAUAAAAUGAAAUGUGUGAGUAUUUUGAA